GCAUCAGCGGGAACGAAUUGGAUCCGGCGUGCUUUCGAACAGGCCGCAAGCUCCGAGCUUGCGGCUCGACUGUUACACCCACGCCACUCAAAAACCGCUAUAUUCCGAAACCGCGGGACGCAUUAUAAUUAUACAGCAUCGGACGCGUUUUCGGUGCGCCCCGGCUCUCGGUUUUCACCCUCUUCGUCAGCCACGAGACACGUUACGAUUGGCUGAAAUUUUCACGCCGGGAGGCAGCAUUAUAGCCGAGUGUCCGCGGCUUCACUUCGCAUCGCGCUGCACGUUUUUGGUACGUUCCUCACUUUGCCUCCGAGAUCUUAUAAAAGUACGAGCUACACCCGGCGCACACGCUAGUGUCAAGCCACUCUUUAUCUCGUCGCAAAGUCUUCCAACUCACGCCGGACCAAUCAUGGAUGAGGAACAAGUUCAAAUGCUCAGGAGAGCUUUCUCCAUGUUCGAUUCGACCAAGGCGGGUAAAAUCGAAAAGGAGAAGGUCAGGACGAUCCUGAACACCCUGGGACACACCUUCGACGACCAAGAAUUGGAGGUUCUAUUGGAACAGGAGGACGAAGACGGUAGCGGACACCUCAACUUCGACUCCUUUUACCGCGUCGCGAGCCACUUCCAGGAGGAAGACGACGAGGCUCUCCAGAAGGAAUUGAAGGAGGCCUUCCGGCUCUACGACAAAGAGGGAAACGGGUACAUACCAACCAGCUCUCUGCGCGAGAUCCUCGCCGCUCUCGAUGACCAAAUCACCCCCGAUCAGAUGGACGGCAUGAUCGCUGAAAUCGACACCGACGGCUCGGGAACCGUAGAUUUUGACGAAUUCAUGGAGAUGAUGACCGGCGAUUAAUCGCGCUGAUUCGGAGUAUCUAGAAUUAACCGAAUUACCUAAAGACCGUUUUUCCGAAGUAUCCGCAAUAUCAUCUGCUAUACGCUACGUCGAACCUGAACAGCGAUUCGCGUAUUUUAAAUACUGUGUAAAUUUCAAUUAUACUGCAUUGUAUAAAUCGUUUUCUAAACGUU